UUCGGAGUAACUCAGCUGCUAUAAAAGCGGCUGUCCGUAAAAAAAAUUUUUAGUAUUACAUAGACAUGUUUUUAAUUUUCAUAAACCUGCUUUAUUUUAACUACAUCAUGCAUAAUUUUACUGUAAAUUUGCAAGCGGAAGAAUAAAAUAUUUUAAAUGUCGAAAUUGCUUUAAUUUUGAGAGAAUAAAAGGAAGGUUAUGUUGCACGUGAAAAUCAUCUGGUUACGGUGACACUUAAGUCUGCGAAUAUAUCAAAUAGAAAAUGUCAUAUGAAAAGCCGUGUCGUGCUUGUACGGACUUUAGAACAUGGGCAAAACGUCAAAAAGAAACCUAUAACUCACAGAAGGAAGCGCAGAAAAAACAAGAUCAAACAUCAGUUCCCAGUAAUGGUACCAGAGACAACUGUCCUUUAGACAAAGAUGAAUUGGGUUCAAAGACUUGGGCCUUCUUACAUACCAUGGCUGCGUACUAUCCGGAUAAACCAAGUGAAAAACAAAAGACAGAUAUGAACAAUUUUUUUCAUGUAUUUUCCAAAUUUUAUCCUUGCAACAUAUGUGCAGAAGAUUUGCAAGAACAAUUGAAACAUUCACCACCAGAGACCACCUCGCAGGAAAAAUUGAGUCAAUGGUUGUGCAGAAUACAUAACGAGGUAAACAAGAAACUUGGAAAGCCAGAAUUUGAUUGUAAAUUAGUGAAUCAAAGGUGGAGGGAUGGUUGGCUUGAUGGCUCUUGUGAUUGAUAAGUAGCAAUAAUAGUUAAAAUGUACAAUGGGACCUGAAUACAAUAUGAAUUAUUGUGUUGACUUUUAA